CUCGGAUGACGGGCUCACGUGUCAGAGGCAGAAAUUCUCCAUGAGUAAUCUGCAGGCCAAAUUGAUCUUGCGAACCAAUCCCUAGUCGCUGAGCUUGCGAAUCUUGCGAGAGCCGCAACUGCAUCUGAGGGAAGCCUCGUGGAGAGGGAGGGGGCUUCCCCGCUUGCACGGGCCAAAUCGAGUGCGUUCCUCGUCCACCCGGCUCGAUCCGGCAAUGCGUGCGGCUGCCGGAGGAUCCCUGCCGCGACGUGCGGCUGGUAUCCGUGUCCGCGCGCCACUGGUAGAGUCUGUCUCCUGCUACUGCAGGGUAGAUGGAGGUCUUAAAACCGUUGUAAGUGCUAGGAAGUUUGUCCCUGGUGCAAAGCUGUGCAUGCAACCUGAUAUCAUACCAAACAAGCGCAAGUCUAGGUGCAAGGAGAGGUGCCAUCCUCAGUCACCACUGCUGCCUGGCCUUCCUGAUGAACUGGCUAUUUCCUGUCUCAUGCGGGUUGCUCGAGUCGAGCAUCCAAAUGUCCGGUUAGUCUGUAAACGAUGGAACCGACUUUUGUCUGGGAAUUACUAUUACUCCUUGCGUAAGAAGUUUGGCAUGGCAGAAGAAUGGGUUUACAUCUUCAAAAGGGACCGUGAUCAGAAGCUAUCUUGUUAUGCCUUUGAUCCAGUAAACCAGCUCUGGAAGUCACUGCCUCCAGUUCCGCCAGAGUAUUCAGAAGCUGUUGGCUUUGGUUCUGCUGUUCUCAAUGGAUGCUAUCUGUACUUAUUUGGUGGGAAAGACCCAGUACGUGGGUCUAUGAGGCGUGUUGUAUUUUAUAAUGCUCGGAUAAAUAAAUGGCUUCGAGCUCCGGAUAUGCUACAAAAAAGGCACUUCUUCGGUUCUUGUGUCAUAAACAACUGCCUCUAUGUUGCUGGUGGGGAGUGUGAAGGGAUACAUAGAACUCUAAGGUCUGCUGAGGUCUAUGAUCCGAACAGGAACAGAUGGUCUUGCAUUGCUGAAAUGAGCACAGGAAUGGUGCCCUCCAUUGGAGUAGUAUAUGAUGGCAAGUGGUUCCUAAAAGGGCUCGAUUCUCAUCGCCAUGUCGUGAGUGAGGUCUAUCUGCCAACAUCUAAAAUGUGGUCAGCCACCGGUGAUGACAUGGUUACGGGCUGGCGGAAUCCAAGCAUCUCCUUUAAUGGACGGCUUUAUUCAGUUGAUUGUCGUGAUGGCUGUAAGCUUAGAGUUUAUAAUAGAGAGACAGGAUCAUGGAUAAGAUUCUUGGACACUAGGCGCCAUCUGGGCAGCUCACGGGCUCUUGAAGCUGCAGCCUUAAUCUCACUAAAUGGGAAGCUCUGCAUUAUCCGUAACAAUAUGAGCAUCACUCUUAUUGAAACAUCAGACCCAACAACAGUUACUGAGAUUGACAGUGCCCGCAUGUGGGAGACUUUUACUCGAAAGGGGCAGCACAGAUCUUUCAUGGCAAACCUGUGGGCAACCAUUGCAGGUCGUAAUCUAAAGACCCACAUUAUGCAUUGUCAAGUGCUCCAAGUUUGAGUAUGUCUACGUGAAGUGGAAACAUACUCACAUUUGGACACAGCCCUCAGUGGCUCAGUUAGAAGCUGAAAUGGGUACCGGAACUGUGGCAAAGAGACCAGCUGUUUCUCAGUAAACCUCUACUGAUUUCAUUGUUUGAAACUCUCUGAUGGACAGUUGCAUACUAUUUGUCAGAUAAGACUACCAGGAGAUUGGCAAUCUCGGUUGUCCAUAAAAUUGAGGGGAAACUUGGGAGCAGAGGAAUCUUCCAUAGAAUCAAUGUUUGUUUUCAUUCGUGAUUUUGGUGAACUGAUGCUUCAGGAAUUUGAUCAGCUGAUUAUGUUGAGGUAGGCAGCAAAAAUUGCAUAGAUUACUGUCAUGCUGUCAUACAUUUUUGGGAAAGGAAGGAUAACAAUCUUCAUCGUUGUCACUGUACAUAUCUUCCUUUUGGCUUAUUAGGCAUGGAAAACUUUGUUGCAGCAGCAGACUAGACUUAGUAUAGAGAAGGAACAAAUCUUAUGUUUAUGCCUUGAAAUCUAUGCUGCCUGUUUGCUGUGUGCUGAAGAGUUUUGAAAUUGAUCAGUGCUAUUUGUGAAAGAAGAUUCCAUAGACACUCUCUUUUUUAUUAUGAAUAAUGCAAUCUUGUAAGAACUCCCAGAAGGUUGCCCUUUGAACUAUCUGCAUGCAUCAAGGCCC